GUCCAAGAACACUGCCUCUCCUCGCUUGUCUGUCGACGCCACGGCAUCGGGCUAAGCCCGCCUGGUGAGUCUGACGGCGACCGCAUGGGGAACGAGCUUCCCGGCUCAACACGCAUUCAAGAAAGGCGAGCCAGAGUGUGAAAACGGUCUUCCUUUCUCACCGCGCCCUCUCGACUCUCUUUAACGGUUCUACAAAAUUAAUAACUAUGUCAAGCCUUUCCAAAAUGGGCCCGUCCAAAACCAAGUCGAGCAUGCAGGAGCUCUACGCCAGUCCGGAGGACUGGGACACGCACCGGGAGACCAUCACUCGCCUGUACCUGCAUGAGAAACGAUCCCUGCAGGAAGUAAUGGAGUACAUGGCACUGAACCACUUCUUCUUUGCAACCGUCAAGAUGUUCCGUACUAGAAUCAGAAAAUGGGGGAUCGACAAGAACAACAAAGCUGCAGAGGUGGCCUACAUGCUUAAGCUCAAGAAGCAGCGCGAUAUCUCUGGCAAGAAGUCGACUUUUUUCAUUAGGAACCGACCGGUCGACUGGGAAGAUAUCGAGCGAUAUCUCGCCCGCACCCCCGACUUUUGGGCCAAACACGGCACCACGCUCGACCUCAGCAAGUCCCCUCACGACAUAACCUGUACCACACCGCCGCCAGAAUCCCCGCGGAUACUGUCGGCGUCCGUCCCCCAAAAGCUCGACGCCGCCCACGAAUUACGCGUGCACGAGGAGAUCCUGCGCUUCUUCCGCGAUUACACCGAAGGCUCCUUUGAGCAAGGGAUGUGGCAUCUUUCACCGGACCACAAACGCUACUUCGGCCGCGGUGGCGUCGACGCCAGCGCCCGUCUCAACACAUGGUACGACAAGCUGCGGAAUGUCGCCGACUGGCCCGGCCAGGACGCCGAUGCUGUCCGGCUGGCCAACUACCUCCUCGACGACCUCCCGCAGCUUAUUAGGGAUCAGGACUUUACCGUCUUCCCCGCACUCAUGCGAUGCUGCUUUUAUCUGUCGGCACGGAGGCCGGAACUGGGGCGAGUGGUGGUGCAGUUCGUGGCGAAGUUAUGUGACGUUAUACUGGGGGAGAAACAUCCCAUGAGCCUGGCUUGGUCCCGCGUCAAGUCGCUCCCAAUGAGUGAUUACCUUCUUGUUUUACAAGGAACAGCCAGGAUUCGUCUUGACCAGGUCGAGUCUCGACAAGGCGACGACGUGGAUGACGAGAGCACCAUCACAGCGCUGCGCGAGUAUCUCUUGGUGCUUCGACUAGGAGGGUCAGAUGCCGCCCCCGAGAUUGACCGCGUCACCUGCCAGGCAAAGGACCAGGUCUUGAAAAGCAAAGACGGGUUGGCUGCGUCGCACUGUCGCCUGCUCCUCGGCACCGCAACGUCUUACAUCACAUGCCGGCGCUUCGCCGAGGCAGAGGAAGUGUUGGACCGGGUAGGCGAACAUCUCCCAACCUCAUCCGCACAGAACCCCCAAUCACAACGCGUCCUCCCAACCUACCUGUUCAUCAUGGGCUUCUUUCGCUAUGUCACCGGCAGAAUGGAUGAGGCGGUCAAUUACUUCAUGCAGACAUACUACGCGCUCGAGAAGGCAAGAGGACCGAACAGCUCCGCGAUUGCCGAUAUCUUGCUCGCCCUUGUCGACUUACCCGGGCUCCUGCAAAAACCCGAAGAAAUCGAGCACUGGCGCAACAAGCUCACCCAGGUGCAGGCCGAGAUGCUGGCCAAAGCGAAAAAGGGCGUCAAGCAGACAGUGCCGGAGCUGGGCGAGGUGUGGGAUGGUCCGCUGGACACCGAUGUCAAUACCGGAGUGUGGUGAGAAAUUGGGAACGAGUCUCACAACCUCGAUCAUGUGUCCUUGGUGGAUGAUGGAUGAUCUGCAUCACCCGAUAGUAGAUGAAUGCUCCGAUGCCGCCAGGGCCGCAUCCGACCCGUCCCUCCUUCUCGCCUCUCGCAACAUAGGGUAACACCCACUGGCUGCACUGUCUUGCCGUGGGGAUACUGCGGCUCGGCACUCCUUUAACAACUCCACCAAAUUUCUUUGUCCUUGGACGCAAGCCGAGUCUUUCUGUGGAGGAGCGUUCGUUGUCUUGUUUCUCCAGCUCAAACUGGAGCCUACCAACCAGUCCCGGCUCUGUUGCCGGCACCGGCGCUCUCCCUCGAAUUUUGUCGGAGGGAUGCCAA